UCGCCCGCCUGCCUGCCGUUUAGCGUUAAAGUGAGCGGCUCUGCCGAGAAAGACAUGAGACGAUUUCAAACGAUUACAACAUGAAGAAGGUGUUCACCGCGGAACAAAUUUCCGAUUGGUUCACUCUGGGGACGACGUUUGCAAACGUUAAAGUCACAGAAAAGGUGGUUGAAAGAAAAUGCGAGGAGGCGUCGUCGAAAGAAAGCAGACCAUUGGAUGUUCCUCAUGAGUGCAACCUGAAAAAUGUGAACUCUGAUAGCGGAAGGUUUAAACAAACAGAACACAGAGGAAGUACCGCUCCCCCACUUGCUAGCUAUGAGUACCCAAGCUUGCCCAUAACCAAAAACAGACAGAAGCUGAUUUCCCUCAUAGAAAACAACUCUGUAGUGAUCAUUCAAGGAGCCACGGGCAGUGGAAAGACCACCCAGGUGCCACAGUACAUUCUGGACCACUAUAAUGACAACAAUUCCUCAUGCAACAUUGUGGUCACCCAACCACGCAAAAUUGGGGCCUCCAGUAUUGCACGUUGGGUUGCCACCCAGCGGAAGUGUACACUGGGUAGUCUGGUGGGAUAUCAGGUUGGACUGGAAAAGAUGGCUACCGAGCACACAAGGCUCAUCUACAUGACUACAGGAGUGCUGCUGCAAAAACUGGUUUUAGCCAAGUGCCUCACAGAGUACUCCCACAUCUUCAUCGAUGAGGUUCAUGAGCGCAGUGAGGAAAUGGACUUUCUCCUGCUGGUUUUGAGAAAACUUCUUUAUUCCAACUCCUCUUAUGUCAAGAUCAUCCUUAUGUCAGCCACCAUUAACUGCAAGGAGUUUGCUGACUACUUCGCAACCCCAAUUUGUGGCAAAAUGAACCCGGCCUAUGUAUUUGAUGUGGAGGGGACACCUUAUGCGAUUGAGGAGUUUUAUCUGGAUGACCUCAAAGCCCUGUUUUCAUACAGGACAGAGUUGCUUGAUCCAGAGGACCCUCAGAUCUCAGUGGAGAUGUACAAACUCGCCAUCAGUCUCAUCCAGAGCUUUGAUGAGAUGGAGGGCAGAGACUCCAGCAACGGCAAAGAACAGGCUUCGUCACAGCAGGGCAGUGUGCUUGUUUUCCUGCCUGGUAUACAGGAGAUAAGCUACAUGCAGGAGGCCUUGGCCCAACUGUUCCACAAAAGAUUGCAGGUGUAUCCCCUCCACUCCAGUGUGACUCUAGAGGAGCAGAAUGGUGUGUUUCUUCCACCUGUCCCAGGAUACAGGAAGGUCAUUCUUUCCACCAACAUCGCAGAGAGUUCGGUUACUGUUCCAGACGUCAAAUAUGUAAUUGAUUUCUGCCUUGCUCGUCGCAUGGUCUGUGAUCGAGACACCAACUAUCAGUCUUUGCGUCUCACCUGGGCGUCCAAAACCAACUGCAACCAGCGUCGAGGAAGGGCAGGUCGAGUUUCUAAGGGCUACUGUUACCGUCUGGUCACCAAAGAGUUCUGGAGAAAUGAAAUCCGAGACUACAUGAUCCCUGAGAUGCUGCUUGCCCCGUUGGCCACCAUUGUGCUGAAGGUCAAGCUGCUGGAUAUGGGAGAUCCGCGCUCCCUCCUUUCCACAGCCCUGUCACCCCCCAACAUUGGUGACAUAGUGAGGACAGUGCUUCAACUCAAAGAGAUGGGUGCACUGUCUGCAAAAAGGGAUGAUAGUGGUCACGAUGGCGAGCUAACGUUUCUGGGCAGUGUGCUGGCUCACCUGCCUGUUGACCCGUACCUGGGGAAGAUGAUUGUCUUGGGCCACAUCUUCGGCUGCCUGGAUGAGUGCCUCAUCAUAGCUGCCUCGCACUCGCUGAAGAGUUUCUUUGCCAUACCAUCAAUGCAGCAGGUUGCUGGCCACAGGAGCAAGCUGGCCUUCACCCGUGGCACACCGAGUGAUUCCAUAGGUCUUGUCAAUGCCUUCAAGGAAUGGCAGUUAUCCAAAAAGAAAGGACAGCUGAGACACCCAAAGGAUGAGUUUGUCUGGGGGAAAGAGAACUUCAUUCAGAUCAAGAGGAUCCGAGAGGUUGCAGAGCUGUACGAGGAGCUGAAAAUGCGCGUGUCCCAGUUCAACAUGAAUGUACCGGAGAGCCUCCCGUCCCUUGAUUACUCCAGCAUACACCGGCAGAAGUUCAUUCUUCAGGUGGUCAUUGCUGGUGCCCACUACCCCAACUACUUUGUCCAGGGAGAAAUGGAUGACGACUUGGCCACCAGGGAGUUGAGUGGCUUCAACCCCAAAACAACAGUGAUGCUGAGGCACCUCCCUCCAUACCCAUUCCUGUACUACAAGCAGCUGCAGUCUCUGUUCCGUCUGUGUGGACAGGUCAAAAACAUUUCCUUUGAGAGCUCCAGAGCAUAUGUGGAGUUUCACAGGACAACAAUCAAAGAUGAGGGGGUCUUGCCUGAGGUGUCUCUCGCCCUCCUGGCAAAGCAGAGGGAUUUGAAGCUGUCUGUCUUCCCCACCGAGCAGAUUGACACCUUUAAAGGAUGCCAUAACAUAAAAUCUGCACGGGUGAAUGUGGACCUGCAGAGCCAGUCAGUCUGCCCGGUGACGGUGGUGAGUGGGAACAUAAACCCAAACGAGCUACCCCCAAGCCGCUUGUUUGCGGUAAACAUCACACAGGUGCUGGAUAUUGGUCAUUUCUGGGGUUUCGGAGUGGAUGAAGACAGCUUGGUGAAGCAGCGCCUUCUGACAGGAGAGAUAAACUCGCGGCAGCUGGUCCCUCUUACUGCGUCGCUCUACCCCAACCUGCAGUGCCUGGCUCCUUACUCUGAGGCCAAUGACACAAACAUGUACUACCGCGCCAAGAUCCUGCACAUACGUGACAAUACAGUUGAGGUCUUCUUCUUGGACUUUGGCAACACUGCGGUUGUUGCCUGCCGCAGCCUCAUGGAGCUCCCCGCCGACCUCCAGGCUCACCCUUUCCAGGCUCAGGAGUUCCAAGUAAUUGGAAUGCGGCCUUCCGCCAAGUCCAUCAUCCACGGGAACCCGUGGAGCAGCAAGGCCCGCGAUCGGUUUGUCACACUACUGAAGGGCCAUUCCCUCAUCGUGUCGCUGUACUCCAUCCUACAUGGUGUCAUCCGUGUGCAGCUGCUCAUCAACACGGAGACAACAAAAACCAGCGUGGCAGACAUUAUGGUGGAAGAAGAACAUGCUGAAAAGGCCGAAGAGAGCUUUGAUUCCAAGCAAAACCACGAAUAUCUGAUGUCCAUGUACCAAGACAUGGAAAAGAGCACAAGUGUCCCUUACACUACCAGCAGCUACUAUAAAGAACGCAAGAAAGAGGAGAAGCAGAUCAUUGACGACUUACUCGCCCACUUUUCCACAAGCCGACAGGCCCAAUCCAAGGCAAAGGUCCAGCUGGUGGGCCCAUACAGUCCUUACAAGAUCAACUUCUUCAGUUUGAGUCGCAAGACCUUGGACAAGAAGGUGUGCGUGGACCAAUUAAGCAUCAACUCCUUGACCCUUAAUGAAAAUCCUCAAAACAAACAUCAGAGGAUGCUGGUGGCUGGGACUGUGUCAGUCAACCAGACAGGGACAUGCAUUCAGCUGAGAGAUACAACCUACAUGCCAGACAUCCCUGGACUGCCUGCGCUCCUGACCAUGCUCUUCACCCCCGUCAUGGAGUUACGCACUGAUGAAGAGCGGACCUGCUACAUCGGCGCCCUCUGUGGCCUGGGCUGGAACAGUGACACGCAGCAGGGCCUCUUGCCACAGCACGACAUCGAACUCACCUUUGACGUCAAAGUUGACGUAGAAGACAUCACCGAGAUAAAUGCCUUGCGCGUGGCUAUAAACCGUCUGGCGUGUGAAGGGCCCAACGGGAUGCUGCAUCUGGGUCGCGACAGGAUAAGCAUACUGCAGGAGGACUGCAGGGAACGCCUCAUAAGGCUUUUCACUAAGUCGCCGCCAAGGGAAGCUGUCACUCCAGUGUACUACGAGAAAAGUGAUAAAUGGAACCAGGUGGAUCCAGCUCUGAGGAUGGAUAUUGCAGAGCCUGGUGGAGGAAAGGCCAGAGGUGUUGUCUUCCAGCUGCACCCCAUCACACUCCUCAACAUCUGAAAACAGGCUGUGCUUUUUGGAGUUGGAAUGCAACUGAAUAUGUUCUUAUUAGGACUUAACGCUUCUUUGUUUUAUGAGUAUUGUUUUUAGGUUCACUGUCAAUAGUACAGCAAAAUCCUCAAUUCUUACUUUGUUGACUGCAUCUACGACUGGCAUAAUUAUUCCCUGUUGGAGUAAGUUUCUUUAAAAUGAAAAAUGUAAAGUUAAUUCUGUAUAGCUUUGUUACCGAGGGCCAUUAAAAAUAGUUCUUUGCAUCAGGUGACGCUUGUCAGUCUUCAUUCAGUCUCAUUGUGGCUCAAGAGUCAAGUUAAAUAUACCACACACACACACACACACACACACACACUAAACUACUACUC